AAGAAUUGAAAAGAAUCUAUAUAUUCUGAGAUAUCUCAUUUCAAAAUCUCCUUCACUAACCUGUGCGAUGGCUGCAUUUGUACCCUCUGAUAUGGUUUCAACCAACCAUAACAAUGGUGGAGUUUUAGUUGUUGCAAUCAACAACAAAGACGAGAAGGGACAACAAAUGAUGAGUGAAGAAAAAGAAGAAGAAGAAGAAGAAAAGAAGAUUGACUACUCGCAAAGAGCACAGUGGCUUCGUGCGGGUGUAAUGGGAGCCACGGACGGAUUAGUAUCAGUGGCUUCGUUAAUGAUGGGAGUGGGAGCGGUUCGAACCGACGCAAAAGCAAUGCUUCUUGCUGGUUUUGCAGGAUCAGUUGCAGGAGGUUGUAGCAUGGCAAUAGGUGAGUUUGUUUCUGUGUACACACAGUAUGAAGUCGAAGUUGCUCAAAUCAAGAACAAAACAAUUUCUCAAGACGUGCAAAUGGUUAAGAAAGCGUUACCUAAUCCAUUGCAAGCUGCAUUGGCAUCUGCAUCGUGUUAUUGUUUAGGUGCGGUGCCUCCUUUGGUGGGAGCAGCGUUUAUUAGAGACUACCGUACAAGGAUUAUGGUGGUUUUGGCGGUGGCUACUCUCUCUUUGUUUGUGUUUGGUUGGAUUGGCUCUGUCCUUGGAAACACACCAAUGCUUAGGUCUUGUGCUAGGCUUCUUCUUGGUGGAUGGAUGGCUAUGGCUAUUACUUUUGCCUUAACCAAAUUGUUUGCUUUUACCGGUUUGCAAUUCGUNNNGGUUGUAUGGGAGUUGUUGUGGUUGCUAAUGGUGUUGACAAGUUGUUGUGAGGGUCAGUUUAUUCUUCAAGUGGGUUUCUACAGAAACACGUGUCCUGAAGCUGAGUCCAUUGUCCAUGGCGUAGUGAGAGACGCCGUUGCCUCUGACCCCAACAUGGGGGCGGCCUUGCUCAGGCUUCACUUCCAUGACUGCUUUGUUGAGGGAUGCGACGCUUCCAUUCUCAUCGACGUGUCAUCACAGCCGGAGAAGCUUGCAUUUGCUCAUCAAGGCCUCAGAGGCUUUGAGGUCAUUCAGAGAGCCAAGGCUCAAUUGGAAGCUUCUUGCCCUGCCCUUGUUUCUUGUGCUGACAUUCUCGCUUUGGCUGCCAGAGACGCCAUUGCUCUGACCAAUGGACCAAUAUAUCAAGUUCCAACUGGACGCAGAGAUGGUUUCGUUUCCAAUUUUAGCCUUGCAGAUGAAAUGCCUCAAGUUACUGAUUCUAUUCAGAUACUCAAGGCCAAGUUCCUCAACAAGGGUCUCACCCACAAAGACCUUGUUCUUCUCUCUGGUACUCUCACAAUUGGAACAACAGCAUGCUUCUUCAUGACAAAAAGGCUAUACAACUUCUUCCCGGGUGGUGUGGGAACAGACCCAGCUAUCAACCCAAACUUCCUCCCAAGGCUGAAGGCUAGGUGCCCUCAAAACGGCGAUGUUAACGCUCGCCUCGCCAUCGAUGAAGGCGGUGGGACGGAAUUUGACAAACACAUUCUCAAGAACAUAAGGGAAGGUUUUGCUGUCUUAGAAUCUGAUGCUAGGCUUAAUGAUGAUAUAUUCACCAAGAGUGUUAUGGAUUCCUACUUUAGUCCCCUUAAUCCAAUUUUUGGACCUUCUUUUGAAGCUGAUUUUGUUGAGUCUAUUGUGAAAAUGGGCCAAGUUGGUGUCAAGACUGGUUUUCUUGGAGAGGUUAGGCGAGUUUGCUCAAGAUUCAAUUCAUGAAUUCAAACUACAUUAUAAGUUCUUCUAAUUUAUAUGUAUCAAUCUAUGCCUUCUACUA